CGGUGCCGUAUAUGCCACCUGACGUACCUGUCUCAAGUAGCAAGCAAUGGAGACUCAAGGUGUUCUGCUUCUGCUUCUUUUAUUGUGUGCUGUGUCCACCUGCUGGGGACAGCAAGCCACCUGUCCUGACCUCACUGUACCAGCCAAUGGAGUGAUUAUCUACAGCUCUAGUACCUCACCACGCCCUCAGGGAACACUGGCUACACAGAGCUGCUUGAAUGGAUACGUACCCUCCAUUACCAGCACUGCUACCAGAGUGUGUCUAUCUAACAGAUUGUGGACUGGAACAGCUCUCACUUGUGAAGCGGCCAUCUGUCCUGACCUUAUUGUACCAACCAAUGGAGUGGUCAUCUACAGUCCAGCUACCACCACCAGACUAGAGGGAACCAUGGCUACACAGAUCUGCUUGAAUGGAUACGUACCCUCCACUACUAGCACUGCUACCAGAGUGUGUAGAGCUGACAGAUUGUGGAGUGGAGCAGCGGUCACUUGUCAAUUACCUCCUGUCUACGUCUCCAUGGGAACCACCAACUAUGCUGUUAUGAACUCACAGGUUGCCAUAGACACCAUCGGAGAUACCACUGAGACAGCAUUGACUUGCAGAACUGACUCAACUAUUUGCUGUACAGGACAAGAUAAUCCCAAUAGUCCCAAUGGAUUAGGAGAUUGGCUACUACCGAAUGGAACAUCUGUCACAAGGAAUCAGGACAUUACUGAUUCAGACACUGAUCUACUGUACAGAAGUCGAGAUACUGGUUCACUCAGACUCCAUCGUCGAGGGUCUGUGUCAGGCCCCACUGGCUCCUACUGCUGUGUGAUUCCUGACAAUACUGGAGUAGAUGUGACAUUCUGUGUGCAGUUAGUGACUGAAGUCAUCACUACCUCUCCUCCCAUUACAACCUCUACUGCUGAGAGCUCUCUCUGUCAGUGUGACAACACUGGUGCUGUGGUGGGAGGAGUGGUGGCCCUGGUAGCAGUGAUUGCAGUGACUGUAGUGAUGGUGACCUACCUAGUGCUCCGAUACAAGAGAGGAGGGAAAUUGACUGUUCCUCAAGAUAUCUCCCUUACUGACCAGGGUCAAAGUGCAGCCGCUACCUACGAGAUCGUCCCUGCCACUUAUGAGGAGAUCCCAGCCUCCAGAGAGGUCAAAGGUGACUACAGCUACACACAGAACAAUGCCUACUCGACUGUGAAUGGACGGGAGGCUCCCGCUGCUGGAGGAAUACAAUAACUGAACUAUCACACGAUUUAUUAAAUGUCUCGUUUAGUUUGUAUUUUUACUUGAUGCAGAGCAUGUAGAUAUUAUUAAGAUAUAUAUUAUUAUACGUACUUCAUCAGCCCCUCUCCUUUUCACUGCGUUUUUCACCUCAUGACGUUUAGUACAACGUUAUUUUACAGUUGAUAAAAG